AACAAAAUUCCGCGACAGAGAGAUAGAAAGGCUAAAUCAAUAAAAAGGGAGAUUCUAUUCUAAAACCAAAUUAGACGGGAGUGUAUAGAAUCGGGUAUUCGGGUCGGCCCGUAUUUUUCUUCCUCGCAGGAGAGACUUGUUGAACUUUUAGUCACGACUACUCUCGUAUUCAUCUUUCUCUGUUGCUUCGAGCUUAGAUUCAGUUGAGAAAGAUGGGAAGAUGUUUAACGAAGAGGUUGUUCCUAAUUCAGAGUCCGAUCCUGUUUCUUCAUCUCCUGAUCUCCUUCUCGUCCGGUGCAGUUAAACCGGAUUCGAAAGGAGUAUGCGUUUCUAAAGGAGGGCGGUUUCAGCCAUAUGAAUCAGAAGGAAAGCCUCCAAAAUCUGUUGGCAGAGGAUCCAAGGAUCUAACUCUGUGCCGGGUGUUCCGUAAAAGGACUUGUUGCUCUUCUGCUCAGACAAACUCUGCUUUCGUAGCUGUCAGAAACUUGGCCACUUACGGAGAAGCUAGUCAAGAUUGCCUGCAUUUGUUCGAGUUACUGGAGUGUUCGAUAUGUAAUCCAAAUGUUGGAAUUCAACCAGGGCCUCCUCGAAUUUGUGCGUCGUUUUGUAACAAAGUCUUUGAAGCUUGCAAAGACGCAUACUUCGCUAGUAAUGCACUUACACAGAUGAUUGGCCCCUGUGGAGUCAACGACGACAUCAUCUGCGUAAAGGCUUCAAAUUGGGAGUCCAAUGGCACAGCAUUCUGCGAAGCAGCUGGUUUUUCCGUUCAAACAAAUGAUGAUUCCAGAGAAGAACCGUGUUACGGAAGCAAAGCAAGUCUAGAAUCAGUGGUGGAAUCAUGGUCGAGAGAGACUCGAAAGAAGACCGCUUCAAAGACUGAGACUUUAUCAUGUUUUAAAGAUCUUUUGCAAUGGGUUCGCGUAAUGACAACGAUUCAGAAGAUUUCUUUGGGAGUUUCGUUUCUUGUAGCAGGAAUGUUCUUGAUCAGGCAAUGGCAUAACCGUAAUCAGAAGCAGCGGCUAGCUGCGAUUCAUAAGGCCGCUAGACGAUUGGGAGGGAACGUGAACGGGAAUUCAUACAGUGCAGCUAUAAAUAGAAGAAUAGUUCAAAGUUGAUUUCUUUUUCACCAGUGAACAGGCUGAGUAAGCUUAUGGAAGGAUAUUUUACAACAGUAGUUGCAAAAGCCAUGAAUUGACUGUUAUCAAAGUCGAAUCUUUACUACGUAAAGGGCUUGUCUCAAGUGAGAUUUUGACAAAUGCGUGAAUUACUGUGAUAUAAUGUUUGUCUAUUUAUACAGAAAACGUUAGAGCGAAAACAAAAUACAUAAGAAAAAAAACAAGCUGAGGCACCAGAGAGAAACAAAGGACAAUUUU